AUGGUUAGACAUCUUUCUUCCCUUAAAGUUUUCCUGCUUGAUAUACUUAAUCUUGCUGGAAUUCUAUUAGAUUCAGGAAACCUAACUAGCCCAAAUUGUACGCCCAAAGAUAAGUACAUGGCUACAUUGUUGAUUAACGGUGCUGGUCGAUUUGGAUGCAAUGGUUUUUAUCAGAUACUGAAAUACAAGAUGUACAAUGUGUCCAGCCAUGGAGUAAUUGAUAUAGUGCUGAAGGAUUUCAAGAAGUGGACAAAAGGAUCUUUGGACAAUUCUGGAAAGAGAUUGACGAAACUAGAUCUUGGGAUGAGUUCCAUUGGAAUAUCAAUUACUCAAUUUCUUUCACUGGAAGUUAACUCGACUCAAGACAUAAAAAACUUUCUACGUAAGUAUUUGAAAUUUGAAUAA